AUGUCUGACAAUUCCACAAAGUCGAAAAUUCCAUCAUUCGGCGAAAUUUACUAUACUCGUCAUAGUAUUCGUGAAGCUUUUGAAUUGAUCAACAAUAAUUCUAACCCUGGAAUCAUCACAUCAUCAUCAUCGUCAGUAUCAUCAUCAUCAUCCUCCUCCAAAUAUCGUUCGAGAUCUCGUCCGUCGCUAUGUUGGCAUAUUGACACUGGAGUCACAAUUCUUUUAAUGGCAACAUUUGAGGGAGUGAAUCCGAUGACAAGACAAAAUGAUGACAAAUCAAUUGUCGACAAUGUUUCAUUCACAAACCUUUUAAAACAUUUAGUAUCAAUUUCUCCUACACCUCCAAUACCAGGCCGUCGAUCAUUAAAAAUUGAAUGUUUCAAUUCAAACAACGAACUAAAUGAAUACAAAAUGAAUUCGUACUUAGUUUUGAUUCCAAUUCAAGCAAAGCCGAAGACAAAAUGGACGGAUUUGUUCAAUGGAUCAUUCUCAUCUGAUGAUUUACAUUAUAUUCAGGAACUUUUAUCAGAAUUAGAAAAAGAAAGACUAGAAUUAGAAAAAGAAAGAGUGGCACAAGACAUCGUUAAUUUUUCCAGCAAACAAGCAAGCUCACCAUCGACAUCAGAUCCGAAAAUUCCUACAACACGAGCUUUCAAUGUCAAUAUCAUUGAAAACGAUCAAAAGACGAACGACGAUGACACCAGUUGCGAAUCGAGCGAAGGAAGUGGUUGUUGUUUACUCAUUCGUCAGACGAGGAUUGAUAAAUCUGAUUUUGUUCAAGAUUGGUUGAAUCAUACAAGUCAAGCUCUUCUCGAUUCCGGCAUAGUCUUCGCCGAUUCCAGCAAGUUCCGGCAGGUUCCUUGCCGCCGGAUUCCGGCCGGAAUUGCACAGGAAAUAUCCGAUCAGUUCCUGACCGUUUCCAGCUCGAAUGUGAAGCCACCACGAACACGACGAGCGACCAUGAAAAAUCCGCUAAUUCCACUAGUGCACCAUUCAACAGUUCCGAGAAUCGCAAUUCAAUAUUCACCAAAAAAAGAAGAUAAUAAUAUCGAUAUCGAUAUCGCGGUCCUCAACAACCUUGCCCCAACUGACGAAACACUUAUGUCGCCAACACGACGAAAUAAUCAGUCCUAUCAUCUCGGUUCUAAUAAAUGA